GGGAAAUAAUAAUUCGUCUUCAAAACAUAAAAGUAAAAAAAUAGAAUUUUAUAAAGAAAUUGAUAAUAAACCGAUGGAUUUAGAAGUAGAAAAGGAAUUAAAAUACUAUAUACCGAAUAAUUAUGAAGAUAUUGAUAGAUUACAUAUGUUUCAUUUUUUUCAAAGGUAUUUAUUUCAAGGUAAUUAUUCUUCUCCAAUUGAAGAAGGAUUAAUGCGAGGAAAAUAUAAAGUAUUAGAUAUUGGAUGCGGACCUGGAACGUGGUUGUUGGAUCUUGCAAAUAAAUAUGAAAAAUCAGUAUUUUACGGACUUGAUAAUAAUUCAAUAAAACCGUCAAACUUAAAUUUCGUAAAAGCGGAUAUGUUUGAUGGAUUACCGUUCCCUGAUGACAACUUUGAUUUUGUACAUCAGGAUCCAAUGUCAUUCAUUAUUAAAGCAGAUCAAUGGAACUUUAUCAUUUCUGAAAUGAUUAGAGUAACAAAACCUGGUGGGUAUGUUGAAAUUCUUGAUAUAUAUUUUACACUUAGGGGAGCUGGACCAAUUUUAAGUAAAAUAUAUGAAGCACGUAAGUAA